UGUAAAUGGAAGUAUGAAACACAUUCUCUAGUCGUUUAAGCUUGGGUCUUCUCUGCUGACCCUAGAAAAGGUUGAAAAGCGAAGACGAAGCUUAUCCACCAACCCGAAAAAACUACAGGAUCUUAUUACCAACAAUGGCUGUUUCAACUAUGCACAUUCAUUUCUUAACUCCCCCUGCUCCAUUUGCAACUCCUCCAUCAACACUCCACUUCUCCUUUGCCCCUUAUUCUUGGACUACUUUUCUCUCAGUUCGAAGCUUCACUCACCGCACUCCGCUUUUCAGUAUCAUGGGUUUUCAAUCUCCCAUCAAUUUGAUUGCACAUUGCAGCAAAAAACCCACAAUUGCGUUUAUUGACACGGGGAUAAUGUUGUUCUCAGUUUUGCAAGAUAUUGGAAUUGAAGAGAAGGGAGCUAAAGUGCUUUUGGACAGCCAUCCUGUUCUUAACAGUAUGCCAAUUGAGUCGAUACGUGCUAGAAUUGAGUCGUUGCGAGCAAUUGGAUUUGACGGUCUUGCAUUGUCUAAAUUGAUUGUAAAGAGACCAGAUGUCUUGACAGCCAGAGAAAUGGAUUCUUUUACAUAUUACUUAUGCAACAAGUUGAAAGGAGAUGUUGAGCUGAUUCAGCUUCAGCGGUUGUUCAAUACUACAGAACCGAGAUUUCUUGUGGGUUUUGAGGAAAAAGUUAGCUUAUUGCUCCAUCAUGGAUUUCCAGAAGAAAAGCUUGUUUAUGUUCUUAAUAAUGUGAAGAUAAACAAGGCCUUUUGUCUCAAAUCACGGGAAGAAAUUGAAAGAAUGCUGACUUAUCUGGACCGUUUUGGUGGAGUUGAAUUUAUCCUUGGUCGUCCUGCAGUACUCAAUUAUGAUCUGGACACUCAGAUAAUACCACGAAUAGGAUUUCUUUUAGAGUUAAGUGGGGGAAAUGAGGAUGCUACAGCAACCGUGUUAAAUAAAUUGCCGUUUAUCUUAGCUUAUACAGUGGAACAUUUGAAGGAUCAUGUUGAGUUCUUGAUAUCGUUUGCCGGAUUGACUGACCAGGAAAUUUUUAGGAUUAUUUUAGUAUAUCCAAAUGUGUUCAGUGCCAGUAAAGACAGAAAAUUGAAGCCUAGGAUUGAGUUUCUCAAGGAAUGUGGUUUAAGUUCCAAUGAUAUAUUUAAGUUCUUAAUUAAAGCUCCUUUGUUUGUGAGUUUGUCCUUUGAAGGUAACCUUGCACACAAACUCGUUCUCUUGGUUAAGAUUGGUUAUGCAAAUAAAACAAAAGAGCUGGCCUUGGCUAUGGGAGCAGUGACCAGAACAAGCUACAAGAAUAUGCAGGCGGUUAUCAGUCUUUUCUUGAACUAUGGCCUAACUUGUGAGGACAUCCUUGCCAUGGGUAAGAAGCAUCCGCAGAUACUGCAAUAUAAUAACAAGUCGUUAGACGAGAAGAUGGAAUACUUGGUUGAGGAUAUGGGUCGUGAAAUUGGAGAGCUGUUGGCGUUUCCUGCAUUUCUUGGUUACCAGCUUGAUGGUAGGAUUAAGCAUCGCUAUGAAGUGACAAAACAUAAGCUAGGCGAAGGAAUGUCUCUCAACAAGUUGUUAAGUGUAUCGACAGAAAGUUUCUCAUCAAAGAAGAAAAAGAAAAAGUUACCUGUCAAGGCAAGUAGCAAGCCAACUAAGAUGAAGGUGAGAUGAAAUAGCAUAUACAUGCUUAGCGCGGUGGAUGUAUAACAUUCUUGUAUAUUGGCCAAGCAGCAAUGCGGUAAAGAUUCUAUCUUUAAGAAAUUGACUGUCUCAGGUUUCUAAAAGUUGGGUAUUUUGAUUUGAGUCAGAUUUAUAUUCAUGAUAUGAUUAGUUGAGGUGUU